AUGCUGUCAUCUAUUCUUUAUCAAAUUGGACUAUGCAGUAUCUUAAUUGCGAUUGUUCAAUUGGUUCGUUUAUUUCUGGCAGAUGCUGAUCUCAAUAUUUUAAUGUACGAAAAGUAUGGACGUUUCAGAACCAGUUUAUUCGGCAAGGUAAUUUGGAUUACAGGAGCUAGCAGCGGUAUCGGAGAAAAUCUAGCUUAUUUAAUUUGUCGAAAACGCCUUGGAGCUAAAAUUGUCUUAUCUUCAAGAAGAAGAGAGGAGCUAGAAAAAGUAAAAUCUCGAUGUAUAGCACUAGGUCAGAAAUCUGAUGACAUAUAUGUGGUACACAUGGACCUGAGAGACUACGAAACUCAUGAUGGUUUAGCUUGGAGUGUUGCUCAGAAAUUCGAUAAGAUUGAUAUCCUAAUCAAUUGCGCUGGUCGUGGCCAGUGUGCUCUAGCGUUGGAUACAAGCUUAGAAGUGGACCGUUCUGCUUUACAUUUAAACACUUUGGGUACAAUUUCCCUCAUUAAAGCCGUAAUUAUGAAUGAUAUGAAAGCCAAUGCCAAAGGCCAAAUCAUCUACAUUAGUGGAUUGGAGGGGAAAAGAGGAAUGCCGCUUAGCUCAAGUUGUAGUGCUAGCAGUAAAGCCACACAAGGGUUUCUUGAGGCUUUGCGUUUUGAAUUAGCCGCUGAUACAGACAUCAAGAUAAGCAAUAUUUAUAUUGGUCCCAUCAAAAAUGCCCAUUAUGUUAAUUCUAUGUACGUGGAAAAUGUGGAGGAUUUAAAUAAGGAUAAACGAAGAUUAGGAAUAUUUCGUAAACAAUCAAUGGAUAGAUGUGUAAGCCUGAUUUUGACCGCAAUCGUGAAUGAAGUAGACGAAGUUUGGAUUGGUGAACGAGGCUGGCUAAUAUACAUGUACAUCUUUCAAUAUUUACCAAGCUUUACUAAUUGGCUGUUGCUGACUACGCAUCGAUGGAAUCAAUACCAGAGGCCUGAAAAGAAUUCUAAGUACGCUUAUAUCUAUAACCGAAACAACGAAUGA